CGUUGUGUUAUACAAAUUUUGGUCCACACAGGCCUCUGUAGUGACGUAUUUAAGAAAAAAAAACAUGGCGGCCCUCUUGGUGAGGAGCUUGUCAGGGUUGCUGAGGUCGCCGUUAGCUUCUUCACUAUGCACUCGAACAACAAACGUGGCUCGGCUGUCCGGCUUCAUCCAAAAUGCUCCCCGUCUUUCUGUCCGUGCCGCCCCGGCUAUACGCGCUCCACUUCCUGCUGCAGUCUGCCAACCAUCUCGGUGUGGCCUCCUCCAAAGGGUAUCUGCUUUUAUUCCCCCUUUGAGUCAGCAGCCCAGCAGAAAUCUGACAUACUACAGUGUAAAAACAGGUAAAAGGAAGUCUGUAAAGUCUGUCACACAAAGGUUCAUGAGGCUCCAUUGCGGACUUUGGAUACGUCGCAAGGCUGGAUACAAGAAGAAAUUGUGGCGAAAGAAAGCGGCCAGGCGAAAUCGACUGAGGGAGCAUGUCUUUUGUAAUAAAACGCAAUGUAAACUGUUAGAUAAAAUGACAACACGAUAUUGGAAAAGGAGGAACUGGUUUGUGGAUGACCCAUACCAGAAGUAUCAUGACAGAGUCAAUCUAAAGUUAUAAUUCAUGUAUUGUCAUAUUGCUUUAAUAUGAUGUAACUAACUACAGUCAUGGCACCAAUUUUUGUGUUUUUUUAAAACACAAUCGAAAACAAUAAAGUCAGUCACUUAAAA